CAUUCAUGCAUAAAAGUGAAUACGGUGUUGUAUGGGGAGUUUACCGCUAAUAAUAAAACUGAUGUGAAAAGUUUCAGUGUGAGAAAUAAACAAUUAUUUUCUACAUCAAACUUGAACGAUUGGUAUGACAAAUACGUUGUGAACUCAACUUUAACACUGAUGGAAGAAUUUCAGGAACGGGACAGUGGUUGGGCAAUAUCGAAAAUUCUGCAUUUGAUGUUAAAUAUCAAUAAAUGCAAUCUGAUGCAUGUUGGUUGUUACACCGAUAUACCAAAAACAAUCAAGGACAAAAGAGCAGUAGUAAAUGUGACAGUUGACGAUGAUACGUGUUUUGUCAGAUCGAUAGUUGCAGCAUUAUAUCCCGCCCAUGUGAAUGCAAAUCGACCAUCAUCGUAUCCCAACUAUGACACCGUUUUAAAUUUGGAGGGCAUCGCAUUUCCAAUAACGCUUAAUCAAAUACCAAAAUUUGAGCGCCAAAACGAUGUUUCGAUAAACGUUUAUUUCUGGGACAUGAAUGUGAAAAGGUGUGCUCCGCUCCAACUCACCACUAACAAAAGAUUUCGUCACGUUAACCUGCUGAUGCUUGAAACACCCAACCGUAAUGUGCGCCACUUUGCAUGGAUUAAAAAUCUUUCCCGGCUUGUUUCAAACCAGCUCAGUGCACAUAAGAGUAAAACUUAUAUUUGUGACAGAUGCCUUCACUACUUUUAUGCGGAAGAAAAGUUAUUGAAACAUACGAAGGACUGCAUGAAGAUGAACGAUUGCGCAAUCAUUCUACCAUCGAGUGAGGAUAAAAUAAUAAAGUUUGAUAAUUUUUGUCACUGAGAACGUCAUCCAUUCAUCGUGUACGCCGAUUUCGAAUGCAUGCUUAAGAAGAUUAACAGUAACAUCAAUCAAGGACACUGCAAUGCAUACCAGCAGCAUGAAGCAUACAGUGUGGGAUAUUAUUUUCACUAUUCGUACAACGCAUCGGUGUGUGAGUAUCGCGCGUAUCGGGGUCCUGACUGUGCUGAAUGGUUCGUGAAUGAACUUGAAAACCUUGUAAGAAAAAUUGCACCAUUAUUUAAUACGAUUGUGCCCAUGACAAAUUUGACGGAUGAUGAAAGAGAAAAUUAUAUGAAUGCGACGCAUUGUUAUAUUUGCGAAAAACCGUUCGACAUCGACGAAAUAAAAGUUCGAGAUCAUUGCCAUUUCACUAGCCGUUACCGAGGACCUGCUCAUCAGGGAUGUAAUUUAAAUUAUAAAAAUAAACGUUUUAU